UCCCUCAAGGAGCUGUCCAAGGCCAUCAAGGACUUCAUCGUCGACCCAGCCGUGCCCCUUCCCGACGAUCUCGUCGACACGAUAGCUGCCUACCUGCGCAAGCGCGAAAAGUAUGACGACGCCGCGUCCGAUCGCCUGCAGGAGGAGCUGCUGCUCAUCUUUGAUAAGAAUGUCCGGGGCAACCCUGCCGCGGCGGGCGCCUGGCUGGGCAUCCUGCGCCGGCUCCUGACUGUGCUGCGCACCCCCGAGCGCAUCCUCGUCUGGCUGGAGGCGUGCAAGGGCAUUCUCGACAAGACGGGCUUCGACAAGAACGUUGUCGCCGAGGCCAUGGAGUUUCUCAACGAGGUUGUCGCCAUUACCGACGAGUACCAGGACGACGCCGGCGACGACUCCGCGGUGAAUCCCAUCAUCGACCGACUGUUUGAGAUAUGGAUGGAGGAGUUUCAGCCGGCGCGCUUCGAGGGCAAUCAGCCGUCGGAGCAUAGCGAAAAGAUGCUUGGCGAUGCCUUGGGGAACUUUGGGAAGAAACGACCAAAGGAAUUUUUCUCUUCGUUGGACGGCUAUCUGAUCAAGAAGAAGUAUCGAAAAGCCAGCCUCAACUUCAUUUGCUCCUUUAUCCAGUCGCAGCCGCCUCACCUACACCAAGUGGCUCAAACGCCUCUCUUCACCGAUCUCUUGACGUGCCUUCAGCAGGACACAUCGACCACUGUCGUCUCGGCUGCGCUCACCGCUCUCAUCAUGCUUCUGCCCCAUAUGCCCAGCUCUCUUGUGCCGCAUCUGCCUACGCUGUUCAACAUCUAUGCCAGGCUACUCUUCUGGGAAAAGGAGAGGUCAGGUACUCUGGAGUCGCCCUUUCACGACUCCGAGCAAGCGAGCCGCUGGGAGGUAUAUGCCUUUGAGCCGGAGACGGAAGAUACCAACAUACCACACCUGUCGCACUACUACACGAUUCUCUACGGCCUCUAUCCCAUCAAUUUCAUGGAUUACAUUCGCAAACCGCAGAGAUAUAUGCGGCACGCCAACGUGUCCAACGCUGAUGAGAUUGAGGUGCAGCCGACGGAGAUUCGGCACCAGUCGGAACAGUUCAGGAGGAGCCAUGUGCUCCAUCCCAACUUUUAUACACUCACUAUCGAGACGGAGAAGACAGACGUGGGGCGAUGGAUCAAAAGCGAGGCCGCCGAAGUCGUGGCUGAAUGCAUGGCGCUGUGCAUCUCCCCAGACUCGCAAAUGUUUGGCGACCACGACCUGUUGCACCUCACGCAGUCGUCGGCCCAGGCUCUCAACGACGACCUGAGUCAACUGAGAUCAGACCCAGGCUUGCUGAGCAGCUCAGUGACCAAGGUGAACUCGUGGAGAAAUACCCACCUAUCGAUGACAGAGUCCAUCGCCAGCGACCAUACGCCGCAGCGUCGGGGGUCGCAAUCCAGUCAUCAUUCGGCGAGGGACUCUGGCGAAGCGACCCGCGCCAAGGACUUUGGGGUAGAUGGCCCUUCAGGCACGCAGCUACUCCAAUCGGCCUCUCACACCCAGCUUCAGGAUCUCAUCAGGUCGAACAAGGCGAUCAAGAGCAGUCUCCACCAGUCUCUGGCAAACGACAGUGUGCCGUCGCUCGCUCUGAGCCAUCAAGAGUCAGUUGCGGAUAGGCCGCUAACGAUGAUGACGCUGCCGCCGCAAACACAGACGCCUGUAUCGGCCGAUAAUGGAAACAAUGCGCAGAUUGCUCACCUGCAACGUCAGCUUCUCCUGCUGCAAAAUGACCUCAGCUUUGAGCGAUACCUCAAACAACAACACAUGGCCCACAUCGGCGAGCUGCGGCGGCGUCAAAUGGCGGAGGCGGCCACGGAGGCGGAAAUGCAGAAUCUCAUCAUGAUGAACCGGAACCUCAAGAGUCGCUACGAAGAGGCCAAGAUGGCUGAGAUGCAAGUCCGCAAGGAGUCAGAAAAGAGCCGGGCCAUGGCAAAGAAGUGGGAAGCGGAUUUGGCCAACAAGCUGAAGAACCUGCGCGAGGAGUCAAAGAAGAUGCAGACGGAGAUUGACUCGUUGCGGAAGGAGCUCGAAGAGAGCCUGCGCGAAUGCGAGAAGCUGCGAAAGCUGGUCUGCGACGCCGAGGUGAAGGAGCUGAAUGCAAGGCAGAACAUGCAGUCGAUUGAGAUACACGGCGCAGAGAUUGACCGACUCAAGGCAGAGGUGGAGCGGCUGUCGCUGUCGGAGAGGGACUACCAGGCGAGGGAGGUGGAACGGAUGGCGGCCGUCAACGCAGCCGAAGACGCCCAGAAUCAGGUGGAAACACUCAGGCUGCAGCUGACGGCCUCUGAGCUGGAGGUGCAGCGAACGAAGAAGCUGUUCCAGUCGCAGGUGGCAGCACUCCAGGCCCAGCUCUCAGAGGCCCGGGAGGAGCGCAACAGGCCCGCGACGGCGAGCGUGGCGGUCGAGAACGCUCUUGCGGCGAGCCGUGCCAAGCAGGCGGAGAUGCAGAAGCAGUACAGCCUGCUGACGCGCAAGUACACGGUGCUGCAGUCGUCACUCCUGGACAUGCAGCUGGAGGCGUCGGUGGCGACGGAGAAGUCGAGCAUCGCGGAUGGCGAGGAAGACGGCAUGUCGUCGUCGACGGGGCCCAUGUCGAUGAAGUCGAGGCCGCUCCGACUGUUGUCGACGGCGGAGACGGGCGAGGGCUCGGGGUACAACGCCACAUCCUCGCCCGGCUCGAACCCGGGGACUCCCACGUCGUCUGUACUGCAGCCGCUGCAGCCAACCAGCUCCGCGGGGACGGCCGGGACGGACGGCCAGGGGUCGUCGUUGAAUCUGUCGAUGAGCCCGGAAAGGAGCUAUUUUAGCGGUGGGCUCCAGAGCAUGAUUCGCCGAGACAGCAAAGACAAGAAGGACGACUCUGGCAAGCCCAAGAAGGAGAAGAAGUCCUUGGGGCUGAGGGGUAUCAGGGGAUUUGUCGGCAGCAGCUAG